GGAUUGGUCCAAGAAAUGCACUCUUUUCACGCCGGAUGUUUUUCCUGUAUGUUAAACACGUGUUUUUAACGAGACAGAAGACAGGUUCAAGCUGUUUAAAACAUUUUGUAUGAACAGUGGUCGUCUAAUUAGAAAUAUAAUGAAGGCAGUGAGGGUAGCUCAGUUUGGAGGUCCAGAAGUGUUGAAAGUGGAAGAAAAUGUACCGAUACCAAAACCACAAGAUAAUCAGGUCCUUGUGAAAGUAUAUGCAGCUGGUAUUAACCCUGUGGAUACUUAUAUCAGAAGUGGAACAUAUGCUGUGAAACCUGCCCUGCCUUAUACACCAGGGAAUGAUGUAGCCGGAAUUGUAGAGAGCAUUGGUAAAAAUGUCACAACUUUAAAGGAAGGAGAUCGAGUAUUUUCAAUGAGAACAGUUACAGGAGGCUAUGCUGAGUUUUGUCUUACAGAGGAACAGUUUACACAACCUCUUGAUGAAAACUUAACAUUUGAGCAAGGUGCUGCACUUGGUGUUCCUUAUUAUACAGCUUAUAGGGCCACAGUUACAUCAGGUAAAGCGAGAGCAGGAGAAACUAUUUUAGUACAUGGAGCUAGUGGUGCAGUAGGACUAGCUUGUGUUCAGUUAGCAAAGAAUUUAGGUUUGACAGUUUUAGGAACGGCAGGAUCAAAGGCUGGAAUGGACAUAGUGGAAGAUAAUGGAUGUGAUUUUGUUUUCAAUCACAAAUCUGAUAACUACACACAGCAGAUAAUGGAUGCAACAAAAGGUGAAGGUCCUGACAUGAUAAUAGAAAUGUUAGCCAAUGUAAACUUAGACAAAGAUUUAAAUAUGAUAAAGAAGAAAGGUAGAAUAGUGAUUGUUGGAAAUAGAGGCUCUAUAGAAAUAAAUCCCAGAUUCACUAUGGCCAAAGAAUGUAUUGUGACUGGUAUUAUUUUGAUGAAUUCUACACCUGAUGAUUGGAAGGAAAUGAAUGCAAGCAUACAAACUGGUAUGCAGAAGGGCUGGGUUAAACCACAUAUAGGAAAGGAAUACAGUUUAAACCAGUCAUCUGCAGCUCAUAAUGAUGUAAUUAAUAACACUGGUACCCAGGGAAAACUAGUCAUUAAACUAUAAUUAGGAAAACUUGUGUUUUUAUAUUUAUAUAGAACAUGUGAUUCAGGCUAGAAGCUUUUUAAAAACAUUAAUACAAUGUGAUCAAAACAAUAUGUAAUAUUUGAUUUUAUAAGAUAUGAUCAUUGGUAUUGUAAAUUCAGAAAUGAUUGUAAUAGGAUAUGUUUUACUAAAGUAAAAACUCACAUUUUAAUUUCAAUAUCAUUAUUUGUUUGUAGCAAUUCCUGCAAUCACAAUAAUUAAUCUUGCAUUUGUUUCAUGUUUUCAAAAAUCGCAAUAAUCAAUCAUGUUUAUAGAAAUGAAAACAACACGCUAUAAAUUUCCAGUGUCCGAAGCUCUUUGCUGGAUCUACCUUCAUCAGGAACGCGUUAAGCCAAAUAUUUAAGGAUGUAUAAGAAGGGAACAGUUGAAGAGCUAUAUGACCAAAAAAGAGCCUAUAAAAAGUUUUAGUAAGAAGUUUUGAAUUUAAAGUAUCAAAUCUAGAAAUUCAUGAUUGAGGGUUGUGAAGGAUAAUUUCCUGUGAAUUGUUUGUCAACUUCUUUUAACAUGGGGUUUGGGUUUCUGAGUGGUCAAUGUGGUUGGUUACCCUGUACAGAUCAGCAUAGCCCAUGAUUUAGAAGCCAGCUUUGUGAAUCACAAAACAUGUGGUCUCAACUUGGAACUGUAUGUCAUAAGGGUGGUCCUUUAUCUAUACAAAAUUGUUGAUUCCCAGCAUAGACUCCAGCUUCCUGUGCCAAGAUGGUCGUGAUAUAAGGUUAGAAAGUGAAAUGACAAAACAACAAACAGUCGGUCAAUUUCAUAUUUUUUAUGCUGAAAGGAGGAAAUCGCCAUCAUUCUUUUAAAUCAGCAAAAACAUGCAUCUUUCAAGUCCAAAAUCAUUUUUCAUUCCUUGUUAAAUAAUAUUAAUUUCACUUUCUACAAUACACUUUUUGCCCUUCAUGACCUUUAACCUAGGUAUCUGGAUGAAGACUUCAGCAUUGUUAUUUGUUGAUGAUUAAUAAGUUUAUGAUAUAUAUUUUUGAUAAAUUAUUAUUUUUCAUUAUUGCUCAGAGGUAUUAGAUAUAACAUGAUAAUAUUAUAGGUGAAGCAAAAGGAAUAUAGUAUACAUUUUCUUAAUAAAAAGUUGAUGUUUAAAGGAGGCAACAUGGACAAAGGUCUAGUAAAAUGAAAGUUGUUUGAGAUAUAGUUGUAAUGAAAUUGUAAAUAAAUCUAUGUAGUUUUCAUAUAUUUAGAUAUAAGAAGAUGUGGUAUGAGUGCCAAUGAGACAACUCUCCAUCCAAGUCAAAAUUUAUAAAAGUAAACCAUUAUAGGUCAAAGUACGGUCUUCAACACAGAGCUUUUGUUCUUUUUUGAAGUCUUAAAAGUGAGUACUCUAUUUAAGAGGCUACUGAAAAUAACUUAUUUUUGAUAAUAAUUCAGUUUCAUACAUUGCCCAUUAGAGAAAUAUUGAGGUACAAAAUAAGUUAUAUUUAACCAAUAUUGUCAUAUAAAACAUUUUUUGUAAAAUGCAUUUGUAAUAAUGACUUGAACAUAUCUUAACUUUAAUUGAGAUUUAGUGAUUAAUGGGAGAUAAUCCAAUUUUAAAACAUGUCACAUGUACCAAUAUUAUAUUAUAAGUAUGUCGGAUAAGCUCAAAAUUUAAGCCAAAUUUAACCUAAGUAGAAGUCAUGUCAGUAUCAGGGGGCCUCUAUUGGGUGUCAACGAGUAAUCACCAAAAGCAUUUUCAAAAUUUUUCUAGUCAAGUUUUUAAUGUUUAUUGUGAGUUUCAUCCUGUAUUCCUCAGAUGUAUAUGUUAUUGUUAUGCAAUUUCAGCAAUAAUUUGAAAUAAAAAGAAAUAGCUAUGUGCACAUUUACUUAAGUUUAUGUUACAAGGAUAAAUUUUUAUCAAAUUAAGGUAAAAAUCAUGAGUCCUAUUGAAGCAGUAUCAUUAAUUAUUUGUUAUAUAAUUUAAUUUUGGAUGUAACACAUCUUCUGAUUGGCUGAAAGUUUUUUGUCUAUCAGCUCAUAGACAUGAUUUUGUCAUGUGACUGUGACGUCAUCAACGUUUUUUCAUGAUUUAUUCCUUAAAAAUGGAAUUUUGAAUUAAAUAAUAAGGAAAGACUGUAAUAUUUUUUCUGUCUAUUCAAAAUAACCUCAAUAAUGUGGUGCACACUUUUAAAUAACAUGCUACGUUGGUUAUUCAGUGUACACCACAUGUUUGAUGUUAUUUCUUCAUAGACAGAAAAAAUAUUACAGUCAUUCCUUAAGUAAUAACAAAAAUAAUAGAAAAUUUUACAUGACUUUACAUACAAAUAUAUAUUUGAACAUUUCUGCAAUAUAUCCAAGAAAAUCUAAUUGAAUCAUUUUAAUGAACUAUUGAUUGUAAAAUUAAUUAUAUAGACUUUUAUAUAGCAUAAUAUUUUUAAUAAAAGGAGAAAAAAAUUAUUGUUAA